AUGCUUCGCAGCAAAAGUUCAAAUGCUGGUCUGGACGCCGAAGUGGGCACUUCGGGAAGUGGCGGCGAGGCCUUGCAGAUUUGCGGCCGAGCAAGUAUCGUCAUCGGGGCUAGUGGAGGUCCCAGGGUAUGGCGAGAGGCAUCGCGCGACGCGAGCAGCGUCGGCGAGUUCCCGGGCCCGGGCGAGCGCCGAGGUAGCGGCAUGACAGCACAGCGCAACACAAAUGAGCUGACAUUUUGUCAUGUGUCAUUAUACGCGGGACUCAGGCGAGUCUGGUCGAGCUGUGGUCGUGUCCACGACUUUGUCUCUGCAGCGAAGAAGCAGGACCUGCCCAUUGGAGGAGCACCUGAGCCGCUACGUUCUUACAAGUUCCUGUUAGCGGAACUGGACACGUCAACAGGCAGGGUUACGAAUUGCAACAGCAAGGCUGGCUUUAUAAACCAGGCGGUACCAGAUGGAGUGAGUUGAGGUGAUGACUGGAAUGCUUGGGAGGGAGAAGGAACAUUGAGUGCCCCACUCCUAAUUCUCUGGAAAGGAAUUUUUAAAGGAUGCUACAGUGCUGCAAUUUUUGUUAUGUUGGAAAUUACAUAGAAUUCUUUCCAGUGAUUUCGAUCAAAUACAACAGGAAUUGUGAAAUUAUGUAUAAACAUUUAGAAUGAUAGUAGCCGGCAGUUAUAUUGGCGUCUCUCAGCGCGGGGGUGCGGGGACAGCGGGA